AUGGCCGGCGAGUAUUCAACGGCCCCGAUGGCCAUCAUAGGCAUGACCUGCCGCUUCUCUGGCGGCGCCACGAGCCCCGAGAAGUUGUGGGACAUGAUCGUACAACGGCGAUCCGGCUGGUCGGAGAUACCAACCUCACGAUUUAAUGCAAAUGGCCUUUACCAUCCAAACGGCGAGCGGGUGGGGACGACCCACGUGAAAGGCGGUCACUUUCUCGAAGAUGAUAUUGCCUGCUUCGAUGCGGCCUUCUUCGGCAUGGCCUCAGAAACCGCUAGUGCUAUGGACCCGCAAUAUCGGAUGGAACUCGAGGUUGUCUACGAGGCUCUGGAGAGCGCGGGGAUUCCAAUGGAGUCCAUUAAAGGAACGAAUACGUCAGUAUAUGGGGGUGUGAUGUUUCGCGACUACCACGACACUCAUAGCCGUGACUUGGACACGCUACCUCGAUACUUUAUGACAGGCAAUGCUGCCACGAUGGCGUCGAACCGCAUUUCCCACUUUUAUGACCUUCGCGGGCCGAGCAUGACCGUUGAUACAGGUUGCUCCACAAGUCUGACGGCUCUGCACCUGGCUUGCCAGAAUUUGCGCAAUGGAGAAUCCAACAUGUCUAUCGUGACGGGAGCAAGUCUCAUGAUAAACCCCGACGUUUUCCUCAGCAUGUCCAAUAUCGGCUUUUUGUCGCCCGACGGUAUAUCGUAUGCCUUUGACAGCCGUGCCAACGGUUAUGGGAGAGGUGAAGGAGUGGGUGCCUUACUCGUUAAGCGAUUAGACGAUGCUCUGCGCGAUGGCGACUCCAUCCGCGCCAUCAUCCGCGAGACCGGGGUGAACCAGAACGGUAAGACCCCCAGCAUCACAGCCCCACAACAAGCAGCCCAGGAAGCCUUGAUCCGCCAGUGUUAUGAACGGGUCAACUUGGAUCCCGCACAGACUACAUACGUUGAGGCGCACGGAACCGGUACUCCAGCCGGCGAUCCGCUGGAGGUCGGCGCGCUGGCAGCCGCGUUGGGAGGCAGUCGAUCGGCGGAGCACCCGUUGUAUCUCGGCUCUAUCAAGGCCAAUAUUGGACACACUGAGGCUGCCAGUGGCGUGGCCAGCGUCAUAAAGGUGGCCCUAGCGCUGGAGAAGGGACAAAUUCCGCCGAAUACGCAACUGAAUACACCGAACAGUGAGCCGCGGUUAAAUGAUAGAAACAUGGAGGUUCCUGUAUCAACGCAAAGAUGGCCUGUGGGGAAGGGUCCCCGACGUGCCUCCGUCAACAAUUUCGGUUUUGGCGGUAGCAAUGCUCAUGCCAUUUUGGAAUCGCCCCCGGUAGGUUCCACCAACGGCACCCAUGUAAAUGGAACGCACGCAACAAACGGAACGGCUGGAAUGAACGGCACAACUGGAGAAAAUGGGGCAAAUCGAACGAACGGGCAGCUAAAGAGCAAUGGUCCGGUGGUAAAUGGCAACAAAACCAACAUUUUCAAAAGGGAAAUCCCAUGGGUGUUCCGCUUGAGUGCAAAGGAUGCCCAGACUUGCCAGCAGAUGGCCGCCGACCUAAGUGCCUAUAUAGAGUCCCACCCACCAGUCGACGAGGAAGCCUUCCUAGACCGCCUUGCAUACACCCUGGGAUCGCGCCGUUCUGUCUUCCCAUGGACCGCAGCUGUGUCGGCCAGGUCUCUGGCAGAUUUAACACGGGCACUGGACGAUGAUGAGCGUUUGGUGCCGUCACGCGCAGCCCCCUCUUUACGGUUGGGAUGGGUAUUCACUGGCCAAGGGGCUCAGUGGUAUGCUAUGGGUCGUGAACUAAUUGCCACUUACCCGGUAUUUCGGUCAACCAUUUUGGAGUGCGACCGCUACAUGACGGAGAUGGGGUCGACGUGGACAUUAAUGGAGGAACUGCAUAGAGAGGAAUCCACUUCACAGGUCAACAACAUCAUCUACAGUCUGGGUCUGGCCACCGCCAUCCAGAUAGCCCUGGUGGAGCUGCUAUGGUCCUGGGGCAUCCAUCCCACAGCUGUGACAGGUCAUUCGAGCGGUGAGAUUGCAGCAGCGUAUGCAUCGAAAGCCCUGGACAUGAAGUCAGCCAUUGGCAUUGCUUACCUUCGUGGAGUGUUAGCUGAGAAGUUUGAUGACAAGAUUCUCGGCAAAGGGGGCAUGAUGGCCGUUGGGCUUGGACGUGAAACGGUUGAACAUUACCUUAGUCGCGUCACUGCGGGGUACUGCGUCGUGGCCUGCGUAAACAGCCAGUAUAGCGUCACAAUCUCAGGUGAUAUCCCAGCAAUCGACCAGCUUGAACAGUUGCUGCAGGAAGACCAAGUCUUCGCUCGGCGUCUCCGCGUCAAUGGGGCGUUCCACUGCGAGCAGAUGCGCCCUAUGGCUGACCUAUUCGAUUGGAGUCUACGCUACCUGCUCACCCCUCAUCCCGACUUCGGGUCAGUCCUGUUCUCCUCCCCCAAGACAGGCUCGCGCAUCCAAGACGGCACUGUACUAGCGACCUCGUCGCACUGGGUAGGAAAUAUGUUGCAGGCGGUUGAGUUCGAGAGCUCCUUCCGUCAUAUGUGUUUUGGUGAUCCAAGCCCAAAAGGCGCCAAAGACACCCAAGAUGUCGACCUAGUACUCGAGAUCGGGCCACAUGGAGCGUUAGGGGGUCCGAUUCAACAGCCCAUGACCCUCCCCGAAUUUGAGGGUAGUGGGAUCUCUUACCUGCCCACUCUGGUACGAAAGCAGGAUGCCGUCUUCGCCAUGCAGCGCCUAGCGAUUGAACUAACUCACAGAGGCUACCCCGUCGAUCUCAAUGCCGUCAACUUCCCCCACGGCCCGCCCUCUCUUUCCAUCUUGCACGACCUUCCAUCAUACCCAUGGAAUCAUAGCACGAGAUACUGGCUCGAACCCCGGCGAAACCGAGCCGACAGACAGCGGCAAGCGCCGCCCUCGGAUUUGGUAGGUUACUCUCAACCAAGCAUCACGCCGCUUGCACACACUUGGCGCCACAUUAUUCGCUUAACAGAUCUGCCCUGGCUGGGAGAUCACCGGGUGCAGUCGAGCAUUGUCUUCCCCGGUGCUGGCCUGAUUAGUAUGGCCAUAGAGGGCAUGCGGCAAGUGGCGGCGGGCCGCCAGCAAACUGUGUCCGCGUACGAGCUGCGCGACGUAGAUAUUGCCAAAGCCCUCACGGUGCCCGAGGCAGAUGAGGGAGUCGAAGUGCAAUUAAAUAUCCGCCCGUGUGAUGAGCAGAUGCUGGGGACGAAGGACUGGCUGGCUUUCCAGAUCUUCUCCGUCUCUGGCGACAGCCGCUGGACGGAGCACUGCAGUGGACGAAUCUCAGUUAUCGCAACCUCUGACAGCACUCCUCUCCCGUCUGCCAUACCAUCACAGUCGGAGGACCUGUAUAACCGCCGCAUUGACCCCCGCUAUAUGUGGGCAGCCAUGCGAUCCGUGGGCAUAUACCAUGGGCCUCUGUUUCAAAACAUCCACCAAGUACUGGCGAAGCCGUCCGCAUCUCGCACCAUUUUUGCUAUCGCGGAUACGGCUGCCGCCAUGCCGAAGAAGUCCCAGACACCCCAUGUGCUGCAUCCCACCACGCUGGACUCGGUCUUCCAGGCUGCCUAUACACUUUUGCCUGAGUCUGGCGCGCGUCUGCCUUCCGCCAUGGUUCCCCGCCAUAUUCGGUCUGUCCGAGUGUCAGCGCAGAUCUCCAGUAGUCCAGCACAUGAGCUGGAGGCAUAUGCCACGCUGAAUCGGGAUUAUGACGCGCAGUCAUUCGAGACAUCCCUCACUGUGGUGGACGCCAAGGACAGGAACAGCCCGGUGCUCGAAGUGGAUGGCUUGACCUGUCAGUCACUUGGACGAGCCCUGGAUCGUGAGGCAGAUCCACACGAGAAUGAAAUCUGCAGCCGGUGGGAAUGGGCUCCAGAUAUUGGCACACUUGAUGCGGCCGCCUGCAAGGACCGGAUUCGCUGUGCGCCAGAGGCAGCGGAGAUAGAGACGAUGCGCGACCUCCGCCAAGCCACUAUUCUAUACAUCCUUGACAUUGUCUCCAGCCUGACGGUGACAGAUGUUCAGCAGUUGCGGGGACAUCUUAAGAAAUUCUACGUGUGGAUGGUGGAGCAGCUGAAAAAAGCCAGUCGCAAUCAGUUCGCGCCCGACAGCGCCCAGUGGCGCGAUAUCAGCGCGGCGGACAAGGCAGCCCUGUACGAGAAGGUCGGUCGGACCAGUGUGAAUGGUGAGAUGCUCUGCCGAUUGGGUCCACUUGGAGCAUCUUUUCUACGGCAGGAAAUGGCUCCUUUAGAGGUAAUGUUGGAAAACCGGCUUUUAUUCCGCUACUACCUCGAGGCGCUGAAAUGGGAUCGGUCGACACGCCAGGUAAGUGAGCUCGUCAGGCUCUGCACGCACAAGAAUCCCCGAGCCAAGAUUCUAGAAAUCGGAGCCGGCACAGGAGGCGGUACGCAGGUGAUCUUGGAGGCCCUGGGCAAAGAGAAUGGUUCCUCGACGGGCGCUCGAUUUGGCCGAUAUGACUUCACGGAUAUCUCUGCGGGCUUCUUCGAGGCUGCCAAAGAACGCUUCGAAGACUGGGCGGACUUGAUGAACUUCCAGAAGCUAGAUAUUGAACACGAUCCCGUGGCUCAAGAGUUUGAAGAGGGCUCCUAUGAUGUAGUAAUUGCCUGCCAGGUGCUUCAUGCCACCAAGUCGAUGGAUCGUACUCUCACACACGUUCGCAAGCUUCUGAAGCCCGGGGGCAAAUUGAUUCUAAUGGAGACCACGCGCGACGAACUAGAUGUUUUCUUCGCAUUCGGCCUUUUGCCAGGAUGGUGGCUGAGCGAGGAAGAGGAACGUCGAACUACCCCAUCACUCACCCUGCCAUUCUGGAACCAGGUUCUAUCCCGUAACGGCUUCACCGGGUUGGACCUUGAGGUCCACGACUGCGACAGUGAGGAAUUCUACGCUUUCAGCACAAUUCUCUCCACCGCUCAAGCCCCUGCUUCAUCUAUAACAUCACCCGUGACUAUCGUCACUGGCACAUCGCCACCGCCGACAUCUUGGAUGAGCGAGCUUCAAACAGCCGUGGCAGCUCAUAUCGGAUGUCAGCCAGUAAUUGCGACGUUGGAGACAGUUACCCCCCAGGGUAAUAUCUGUAUCUUUCUCGGCGAGGCAUACGAGCCCCUGCUGGACCAUGUCAGUAACCCAGUCGAAUUUGACCGUAUCAUACAUCUGGCCACAAGAUGCAAGGGCCUCCUGUGGGUCACCCGCGGCGGGUCUUUGGACGUCGACAAACCGGCCAUGAGUCUGUCCCAAGGGUUACUGCGCACCCUGAAGUCAGAAUAUCAAGGCAAAUCCUUUAUUUCCUUGGACGUGGAUCCACGACGGUCUCCAUGGACUGCGGAAGUAGUCCAAGCCAUAUCCCAGAUUUUUCCCGCUUCGUUCAGUGAGACUACUGACCCUGCCACGCGUGAGUUCGAGUAUGCAGAGCGCGAUGGGGUCCUACACAUUCCCCGUACCGUGAAGGAUAUCCCCAUGAACAGAAACAUUUUCCCUGAGAGCGACACGACUGAGAAGACCAUCCAUUGCCGGUUCCGAGAUGCGGCCCGUCCCCUUCGCAUGAAGAUCGGGACCCCAGGGCUCAUCGACACCUUGGUCUUCCACGACGAUUUAGACGCAAAAUCCGACCCGUUGCCUGCAGACUGGAUUGAAUUCGACCCCACGGCUUUUGGUCUAAACUUUCGCGAUGUCAUGGUAGCAAUGGGCCAGUUGGAGGCCAAUGCCAUCAUGGGCUUCGAGUGCGCGGGCACCAUCGUCCGGCUGGGAGCCACUGCGGCAGCGAAGGGCUUUGCAGUUGGCGAUCGUGUAUGUACGCUACUCAGGGGCCACUGGGCGACGCGGCCUCGAGCACCCUGGACCAGCGUGAUGAGGAUCCCUCAACAUCUAAGCGACCAGGAGGCCGCCUCUUUUCCCACUGUCUUUGCUACCGCCUACAUUGCCCUGCACGAAACUGCCCGCCUCCAACGCGGCGAGUCGAUCCUCAUUCACGCUGCUACCGGAGGAGUCGGCCAGGCUGCGAUCCAGCUUGCCCAACUCAUCGGGGCAGAGAUCUAUGCCACCGCGAGUACUCCGGCAAAGCGGCAAUUGCUCCAUGAGACGUAUGGUAUCCCAGAGAACAAUAUCUUCUGCAGUCGAGAUCCAUCAUUCGCCACCGAUGUACAUUUGCGGACCGACGGCCGAGGUGUUGACGUCGUAUUGAACUCCCUUGCAGGCCGUCUGUUACAGGAGAGCUUCAACUGUUUGGCGGAAUUCGGUCGCAUGGUAGAGAUCGGCAAGCGGGAUCUCGAGCAACACAGCGGCUUAGACAUGUACCCGUUCACCCGGAACGUCUCUUUCUCGUCGGUGGACUUGCUGACAUGGCAGAGCCGGAGAGGCGCAGAUAUCUCUUGUGUCCUGCAAAGCCUCUCGAAGCUACUGGGCGAGAAGAAGAUCAUGCCGGUCUAUCCCCUCACACUAUAUCCUAUCUCACAGAUCGAAAAAGCCUUCCGAACUAUGCAGACUGGCCAACACAUGGGCAAGAUUAUUAUCUCUGUCGACGAACAGGAUACUGUGCCGGUGUUGGAGCGUCCCCCACCUUUCUCUUUGCGAUCCGACGCAUCGUAUGUCAUUGUCGGCGGCCUUGGCGGUAUUGGACGCGUCCUGUGUGAAUGGAUGAUGGCCCGCGGGGCACGGCAUCUGAUCAUCAUAUCGCGGAAUGCUCGUCCUGGACCUUUUGUGACUGAGCUUGAGCAACAAGGGUGUGAAGUUCGCACCCUCGCCUGUGACAUUGCGGCGGAGGAUCAGCUGGGGGCAGCACUGGCACAGUGUACUGACAUGCCUCCUAUUAAAGGCGUCAUCCAGGGCGCUAUGGUGCUCAAAGAUACAAUUCUCGAGCAAAUGACAGUCGGCGACUUCGAAGCGGCAGUACGCCCCAAAGCGCAGGGAAGCUGGAACCUGCACCAGCAGCUGGGCGACGUUGACUUCUUCAUCAUGCUUUCUUCCUUGAUGGGAGUUAUGGGAGCCGCCAGCCAAGCAAAUUACGCCGCCGGUGGUGCCUUCCAGGAUGCCCUGGCCAGGUACCGCCGCAACCGGGGUCUGCCUGCAGUGAGUCUGGAUCUGGGAAUCGUUCGAUCAGUAGGGUUCGUAGCCCAGACCGAUGGCGUGCAAGAACGUCUCGUCCAGAUGGGGGUUACCUCUCUGUCUGAAGAAACAGUUCUCCGGAUCCUCGAACAAGCCAUCAUGCAUCCCACAGGUCCACCCCAGAUCAUCACCGGUAUUAACACCGCCCCAGGUAAACACUGGGAAGAGGCCUCCUGGAUCCAAGACCCGCGCUUUGCCGCUCUGAGAUACCGCGACAGCACGCAGGUUGGAGCUUCCCGUGCUACUACGGGGACGACGAAACAGGGAAAGUUAAGGGAUCAGCUUGCAGAGAUUGCUUCCCCAGUGGAUGCUGCCGCGCUUAUCUGCCAGGAGCUGAUGCAGAAAUUAGCCAGCAUGUUUGGUCUGGUGGUCGAGGAGAUGUCUGCUACUCAAGAUCUGUCUUCCUAUGGAGUGGACUCGCUGGUGGCGGUGGAACUGCGCAAUUGGCUUGUCGCGCAGGUGGGUGCUGAGGUUUCCAUCUUUGAUUUGAUGCAGAGUCCGUCUUUGGAGGACUUAUCCCUCCGGGUGGCAACGAAACGGACGUAG